AUGUUAAAAAUGACCGAGGAGCAUGACAAGUGUGGCAGCGACCAGCCGUGCAGUCCAUCGGGCACAAACAGCUCCAUGUCCCAGGACGAGUCCGACUCCGACGCUCCGUCCUCACCGACGGGCUCCGACGGCCAGGGGUCCCUGCUCGCCGGUUUGGGCAAGAAGCUGGACUCGGAGGAUGACGACCGGUUCCCAGCUUGCAUACGGGACGCGGUCUCUCAGGUCCUCAAGGGAUACGACUGGUCCUUGGUGCCCAUGCCCGUGAGGGGCAGCGGGUCUCUGAAGAACAAACCUCACGUCAAGAGACCCAUGAACGCGUUCAUGGUUUGGGCGCAAGCGGCCCGCAGAAAGCUGGCGGACCAAUACCCACACCUGCACAACGCGGAACUGAGCAAGACUCUCGGGAAACUGUGGCGUUUGCUCUCAGAAGGUGAGAAGAGGCCGUUUGUAGAUGAAGCAGAGAGGCUCCGGGUUCAGCACAAGAAGGAUCAUCCGGACUACAAGUACCAGCCCCGGCGACGGAAGAAUAUGAAACCAGGCCAGAGCGACUCCGACUCAGGAGCAGAACUGGCACAUCACAUGUAUAAAGCUGAACCAGGGCUGGGAGGAAUGGCAGGGAUGACUGAUGGACACCACCACCCUGAACAUUCAGGGCAGCCCCAUGGUCCCCCUACACCACCCACUACUCCCAAAACAGACCUGCACCACGGGGUGAAGCAGGAUCUGAAACACGAGGGCCGUCGCCUUGUUGACAGCAACAGGCAAAACAUUGACUUCAGCAACGUCGACAUCUCUGAGCUCAGCACUGAUGUCAUCAGCAACAUGGAGACCUUCGACGUGCACGAGUUCGACCAGUACCUCCCGCUCAACGGCCACGCCUCGGGCUCCUCCACCCUGUCCUCAGACCACGGUCACGCUCCGGUGCCUGGUGGCUCUUACACUUCCUCAUACAGCCACGCAGGCGCCAACGGGUCAGUGUGGAGCCGCAAGAGUGCAAUGUCCUCCUCCACUUCAUCCGGCAGCGAGGUGGGCCAGCACCGGCUCCAUAUUAAAACUGAGCAACUGAGCCCCAGCCACUACAGCGAGCACUCCCACGGGUCGCCCUCGCACUCUGAUUACGGCUCCUACAGCAGCCAGGCCUGCGUCACCUCAGCCACAUCAGCUGCCUCGGCUGCAGCCUCGUUCUCCAGCUCCCAGUGUGACUAUACUGACCUGCAGAGCUCCAACUAUUACAACCCUUACUCAGGCUACCCGUCCAGCCUCUACCAGUACCCAUACUUCCACUCAUCCAGACGGCCCUACGGCAGCCCGAUCCUCAACAGUCUGUCCAUGGCUCCUGCCCACAGCCCCACCGCCUCCAGCUGGGACCAGCCCGUCUACACCACGCUGUCUCGGCCUUGAGAGGACAAGAAGCUGUCAGUUCGCACCAGAGACUCAU